UUGAGUAGAAUAUUUUUACCAGGCUUCGGUAUUGGUCCGAGUAGUCAUUGGUCCAAGUGGUCAUGCAUUCAGAACUGGAUAUUCGAGUAGAAGAAAGCCAAAGUAGAACCGAUAAUAUUGUUAUCUAAUCCAAAGUUACCGAGUUCUUUAGUUCUAGUUUUAAUCAACUUGUUACCAUAGAACGACCUUUGCUCAAGUUAUUAUAGACUAAUAACACGUACAUAUAGCUGUUAUAGAUACAGAAUACCAUACAAUUUCAGAAAAAUAUGACAGCUAAGCUCACAAAAAAUACAGUGAGCAGUGAAACGAGAGGAACAGUAGAUAUGGGUGAAGUAGAGCCACUAGAGGUAGAAAGAGAUGUUUAUUCUCUACCAAUGUUAAAAGAUUUCUCUCCAGGUCCUUUAGAUCGUUACAGAUCUUGUGCAUCUUUCAACUGGAAACAGAUGAUGUUAUUUAUGGACGGAGAAGAUAUUGUCACAUACAAGACCAAGGUUUGGAAGACUCUAGAGAAUGAUCCAUUAUUUUCAAAAGGAGAAGUUGAGACACCGAAUCUGGAGAAAGUCAGAGAAAUUGCUUUUAUACGAUGUAAACGACUGGCUGAAUAUAAUUUUCUGGAUGAUGAUGAACUUUUCUCCAACCCGUUAAAACAUAAAAUCUACUUUAACUGUCUUGGUAUGUUUGAUUGGAGUAUGGCUGCUAAAAAUAUGUUAAACUUUGAGAUGUUUGGAGGAACUGUAAGUAACAUGGGAUCUAAACGACAUCAUCAUUUGGUAGAGGAUAAUAAAAAUUUCCAGAAUUUUGGUUGUUUUGCCCUGACAGAAUUAAGUCAUGGUAGUAAUACAAAGGCAAUGAGAACAAUGGCUACAUUUGACCCUAAAACAAAGGAAUUUGUUUUAAGUACACCAGAUUUCGAAGCCACCAAGAUCUGGGUGGGUAAUUUAGGUAAAACAGCAACUCAUGCUAUAGUGUAUGCUCAGUUAUAUACCCCAGAUGGCUGGUGUCAGGGAUUACAUCCUUUUAGUGUACCUGUACGGGAUCCAAGAACAUUAAACGCCUACCCUGGUGUACUUGUUGGUGAUAUGGGUGAAAAAAUUGGUUUACAAGGCAUAGAUAAUGGGUUUUUAGCGUUUAAUGGAUAUCGAAUACCAAAAGAAUGUUUACUUGAUAAAUUUGGUGAUGUUUCAGAUGAAGGAAAAUAUGUCACCCCUUAUAAGGAUCCAAGUAAACGAUUUGGAGCUGCCCUGGGUGCGUUAUCUGGUGGACGUGUAGGUAUAACUGGUAUGGCUGUAUGUAACCUGAAAAUGGUUAUAACUAUCGCCAUGCGUUACUCAGCUGUCAGACGACAAUUCGGACCAACAGAAGAAGAAAUUCCAGUUUUAGAAUAUCAACUUCAGCAAUGGCGUCUGAUACCGUACCUGGCUGCUGCGUAUGCCCUGGAACAUUUCUCUAAUUCUUUCUUCAUGGAUUAUGUUACGUUACGUAUCGGACUAAUGGCUGGGGAUAAAAGUGAACGACAGAGUGAACUAGGUCGUGAAUUACAUGCUUUAUCAUGUGCCAGUAAACCUCUAGCUAGUUGGAUAGCACGAGAUGCUAUACAGGAAUGUCGAGAAGCUUGUGGAGGUCAUGGUUAUUUUAAAGUAAAUCGUAUUGGUGAUAUCCGUAAUGAUAAUGAA